AUGGGGGCUGGCAGCAGCAGAUUUGUUGACAUUGCUUCCAGCUUCUGCGUGAGUCGAGGAAAAUAUCCUCUUCCAGAUAUCGAUUUAAAGCUGGCGAGCGAGUCGGGUAGGAAAACAACUUUGGUUUCUUUGGAGCACCUGAAUGUGAAUGUACCGGAAUGGAAUUCGGAAAACGACUGUUUCUGGUUCAAAGCUAUGGGCCUCGUUCCCGAUUCUCGAGCACAGGGUGUUUGCGACAACGUGCAGUCAGCCGGAGGUUCCCUGCAGGGGCUCGUUUGGGCCAACGCUGGCCUGCAGCAGAUACAUAUGCCGAUUGGAGAGCCGCCUCCAAUGGAUUCCCAGAAGCCACCGGGCGUCGUAGGCCUUGCUUAUGCGGACAUUAUGGGCUUGCGAGCCAUGCUGAGAGGGGCUGGCGUGAACUUUUCAGUGGUCCCACUUAAAGACCACAUGAGUAAUCUUCCCGGCGUUGGACCCGUUGCACUGCAGUGCACAAGUCCGACAGGGGUGAAAAUAUAUGCCCAUGGCAUUCGUGCGGACAGCUGGCUGACUCCUCGUGGCUGGUUGGAUUGUGAGGCUGCCAGGAAGCAGAAGCUCGGCCUUCCCAGUGAGAAGGCUUCCCAAUGUAUGGGUAUGCCUUACAUCCGUCUUCAGUGUCCAGCAGGCAGCAGCUCGGGCCUAGCGAGGUUUUAUCGGCAUGUCUUCGCCACCGAGUCUGAAUUCCGCAAAGGGUCGGAAGGAGAGGAGUGCUGGGUGCCUAUAGGAGCAGGACAAUGGCUGGUGUACCAAGAAGUCGCUGGAGAAGUGCCUUAUGACGGCUACCACAUUGCCAUAUAUGUAAAUUGCUUCGUGACCGCCUACAGAGCAGCGAAAGCUCUUGGGCUCGUGUGGAACAACCCUCGGUUUCCGUGCUCUGCGAAGUUGAACAUGAAAUACGCGCACUUUCGCACGGCGGAUUUUGUGCGAAGGGUAGCUGAUCUCAGCUUCGAAAAGGCGUGCUUCGUGAAUCUUCGUGACUUUGACUUGGUAGAUGUUCAACCAUGCAGCAAAGAGUGCUUACUAAAUUUGCUGAAAGAAGUCGAUCUGCACCUGGGCGCAUCGGCAGCAGGUGAGCCGCGCUCUCGCGCGAUGACGGUGCAGGUUUGUUUGCUGGAUUUUCCCUGGGUGCUGGACUACAUCUUAGCGACGAGAUUCAAUUGUUCUCUGCGACAAAUUCGGCAUGCAGUGUGCAGCAUCGUGCUCACGCUCCGUACCAUUUUGUCUGCAGCAGUCGAGUUGGGCAUACUCGUUUCUCAAGAUUCCGACUCAGAUGGAGCUGUCUCGGCAAAACCAUUUAUCGACAACAUGAUUCAUGUCAUUCGGGAGUGUCUGAAGAACUUUCCUCUCUGCUUAGACUCCGAAUUCUUCCACUCCUUCCUGGAGCCAUUGCCCAGCCAUCUCAGAUUCCUGUGUGGAAAUUUUCACCCGCUGACGCACAUGCAGUUCGAGGACUCUGCCAAGCAAAAGGCGUUCGAAGCACAGACAAAAGCAAUAACUCAGGCUUUGUCUGAGCUGCCGUCACAGUGUUCGAACUUGGAGCUUCACAUGAGCUCUCAAGAGCCAGUCCUUAAGCAGAUACAGCUGAUCAAGGAGCAUCUGCGAGCACCUCUCUGGAUGCUUAUGCACGACUUCCGAAGCCUGCAGGGCGAGGAGAAGCUUCUCGUCGAGGAUGUGCGGCAAGCGGUUCGAGCGACUGCAGAGUUGCAGGCGCGCGAAACAGGCGAGCUCCCGUCCUGGCCGCAGGUGCUGGGUGACACUUUGCUACUAUUGUUGCCGCUGUGGAAGCUGUCAGCUUUGGCAGUUGCCAAGGGCCAGGAAGCCUUGACGCAUUUCGUCGCUGGGCCACCACUGGGUGCCAAUCUCGGAGCUCAGCGCCUUCUCAGACGGCUCAUUGAAGUCUUGUUGAGUGAGAAGGCAGACUUUAUGGACAUCGCUCUCUGGUUUGCAGCCGAACCAUCGUCGGCAGCGUUGCUGACGAGUGGGGAGGCAGUGCAUUUCCUCCUCCCAGAGGCAGCCAACGAUGACGAGUUUGCGAGCUUUCGAAAAGAAGGGCUCAUGCGGACGCAGGACAACCUUGCAUACUUGCAGGGGCAUCUCCUCAGGCUGCCGAAGCAUCUGCGCGUGCAUGUUUCUGCAUACUGGAGAAAGGCCGUGGAGGAGGUCCACCUUUACCUGCAGCUGUACCUGAGAGUCAUUGAGGCUUUCCUCGAGGUGCAAAAAGAGGUCCACACCUUUGUGCAGACCCAGCUCUUCAUAGAAGUGCUGCUUGGUCUGCCUCUCUUGACUUGGCUCUCGACUGACGGCGUUUCUCCUCGCCCCCGCGGUGUUCGUGACGCCAAGUCUGCUGCGCAUGCCGCAUGA